GGGGCGGCCAGCGGCCCGGGCCCGCCUGGCUAGAAGCAGCAGGAGAGGGCGAGCGUCGAGCUUGAAGCCGCUUUAAGAUGCGGCGCCGCCGCGCGUGGCCCUGCCCGUGGGCGGCGGGCUCAGGGCCGCGCUGACUGCGGGGCAGCUGCGUGGCCGGCAGUGACAAAGCCCCGCAGACGUUCAUCCCCGGGCUGGGAAGAGGGUCCAGCUUAGCCUCCCUCUUUCACGGAGAGGGCAGGAGGCAUGGCCAUGGAAAAGAAACCGCCCCUCCUUAGGAGGGAGUUUCCUCCCAGGGAGGUGUCCUCCGCCUCGCUGGUGUUGCUGCUUGUGGCCGUCCUGCUCCUUAAUGCCUUUCUCUACCUGUACCUCAACAAGUUUUACACCUCUUCAGGACGCGCCGAAGCAGACCCCAGCCUCUGCCCUUUUGGGCACUUCAAGCUGGGAGCAAUGAAGAAUUGUUCACCAUGGCUCUCCUGCGAAGCCAUAAAUAGGGAAGUGAGGAAACUCAAGUGUGUUGGUGAAGGUGCUGUGAAAAAGGCCUUCCUUUCUGAGUGGAAGGAAAACAAGGUGGUCCUUUCACAGCUCACCAACUCAGAACUGAAGGAGGACUUUCUCCAUGGACUGAAGAUGCUGAAAGCACUUCAAAGCAAGCACGUUGUCCGGCUGCUUGGCUACUGUGAGCAGCAGUUCACAAUCCUCACUGAGUACCAUCCUCUAGGCUCCCUGAGGGGCCUGAAUGAAACUCUCCACAUCCCCAGGUACAAGGGCAUGAACACCUGGCAUCGCAGGUUCAUGCUUGCUAUAGAGUAUGUGGGCAUCAUUCGGUACCUGCACAGCAGCCCCCUGGGCACCUUAGUGAUGUGUGACUCAAAUGACUUGGAUAAGGUCCUCUCUCAGUAUCUCCUAACAAGUGACUUUCACAUCCUGGUGAAUGAUUUGGAUGCUUUGCCUCUUGUGAACAAGAGUGCUGGCAGGUUGGUGAAGUGCGGUCAUCGGGAGCUCCAGGGUGAGUUUGUAGCUCCUGAGCAGCGUUGGCCCUAUGGAGAAGAGGUGCUGUUCGAGGAUGACCUUAUGCCUCCCUAUGAUGAGAAAACAGACAUCUGGAAAAUCCCAGAUGUCUCCAAUUUUGUCUUGGGCCAUGUUGAAGGAAGUGACAUUUUGCGACUGCAUUUGUUUGACAUCCAUGCUGCAUGUAAGAAGAAGGACCCAGCUGAAAGGCCUUCUGCCCAAGAAGUUUUAGACACCUACAGGAAAGUUCUAACUCUGCUUAUUCGGGAAGCGGCCAUGCCUGGUACUAGGGAAAUGUUAUAGUGAAUUAUGAGACCAGUAACAUACUGAAGCUUCAUAAGUAGUUUCCCUGCAGGGCAAAUUCUCUGUCCGCAAAAGGGAGAAGAAAAGAACAACUGAACUUGUACCUUUUAAUUUUAUAAAUAAAUAAAUAAAAUCCUUCCUGAUGCUGGAGCUGUGCAAGGUUCCCAUUGGCAUGUUUAAUCUGUCACUGGAAGAGAAGGAAGGAGAGAAAUGAAGUUGCAUGAGUGCAGGGAGAAAUUUGUUCCUUAAGAAAGAAUACAUUUUCUUUUGCAACAUUUACACAAAAAAUCUCUCAAAAAUUUACAGAAAAAGAGUUAAGAAUAUAUCGGUCCCCUUAAGCUGAUUGGCAGAGGACGGCAGAGCGGAAACCAUGGCAUGCCUCUCCCAAGCUUUGUGCCAAAUCCUGUGGCUUUGGCCCAUGUCUUAUCCACAAAGCCCUCACCCUCUUUCUCAUAGAAUAAAAGCAGUGGUCAGGCAGAAAGGAGUACCCCAGUUCACUUCAGAUUUUGGUGAACCCUGCUGCUAGAACCCCAGUGGCAGUCUCUCCCUGCUGGUUGGGGAAUAGGUUGUUUUUGGAACUGUACAGCCAUUGCUCUGUGGGCCCCGUACCUCAUGCUAGCAAGUGUGUGACCACUUUGCAAGCAAGCAGAUGAUGCAGAUCCCAAAGAGACUACUUACAGACACAUGCUUCUGGUUUUCGAGCCUCUGCCUCAUGGUAUUCUCAAAUGGGCUCUUUGGAGAUGAAGCUGUAAAACAGGAGCCUCUUGCUCUUUCUUAAUCCAUAGAAAUGCUGAGCACUAUGGGAGAGAACUGAAGCAAUAUUUUUAGCAUUCACUUAUCCUUGCUGAAUAUCAUAAUGACUUGAUAGAAAGGGGGGAGGAACGUGGAACUGAAAAUUUGACUUCUUUCCACUGCAGUGACCGUUAAAUAUGAACUUUGGAAAAUAAACCCCUAUAUUUAGAGCAUACAACUCUCUUGGAUCUGAAUUCAAAGCCCACUAAGCAUAAACGAAGGCUGCUUUUUUGUUCAGUGUGUUUAGGAGAAAGCUUUUGGUACCUACAUGGAUGUUACAGCCUAGUACCAACUGCUGGAGAGGAAGAAUAAUGAUGCCUUAAUCCAGCAGUAGAUUCUGGUGGGAUUGGGAUGUUCUUGUUCUCUUGGUGAAAAUACACAAAUAGUUUGAAUGAGACAUAUGGACUCUACUACUACACAUCUGAGGACCUUCUGUUCUGUGGACUGGGUCUUUGAAAGACAUAAGGACCUGAGACAGCUUUCAUGUUUUGACCUGAGAGGUGAUUUUUAAAUAGAGAAGUACAUAAUCCUUCCUGCUGAAGUGUUUGGUUCUGUUCAGAUAUUUGCUGUGCUGAUAUUCCAUGUCCUCCUAAACAAGCCCUGUUGAGAUGGCAGUGAGGACUGCAGCCAGUUUGUAUACGCAGUGUUCAAAUGCACGUGUGUUCUAAUACUGCCACAUUUUAUUAAAAAUGGGAGAACUUUCCUGCAAAUUACUAAAUUCAUACCUGAUUUCACACAAUGCCAGCAGGAGCCUUUUAAAGGCUGCUCAUUAUGGCUUUUCUUUCCCUCUGGGCGGUCUGUUUUCUUCAAUUAGCUGAUUUUUGCCAUUUUUCAUUUGUGCAGUCCUUCCUGGCAGCUUUCCUGCAAGGAAGCAAAGCUUAGAAGUCAGGGUCUCCAAAAGAGAACAAUUAUUUUGGAUGCUUCAUGUUUGUUUUGGACUUGGACUCAAAACACCUUAAAGAAGCCUGGGGAAAAAGAAUGCUCUCUCUGUUGCAAUUGCAUCAUCCAGCCCACAUGAACUCUUGAAUUGUUAUUAUUAGGGUUAGAGUUCUACAGUUCCAGCAUGAAUCCAGGAUGUGCAACAGUUGGAAAAGCAUCCUGUUACUGCUCCUCAAAGCCAAGGAUCCAGUUUUGAAGAGCCAAGAAUCCAAUUUUUUGCGUGUGCUCCAGCAAUAACUUGUUACCUCUUGUUAGCGAUCACGUAUACUUCAAAGAAAAAUAGGCAUCUGGUGGCUGUGAAGUAAACAUAACACACAGUUUUUUUGUGAGUGGCAAGGACCGACAAGAAGAACCCACCAAGCUUCUUAUGCUGUUCUCUCUCCAUUAAGACAAGCUUCUGCUUGGAUUCUUGCUCUGUUGUGUGUGGUUACACCUUGCAAACAGACAUAUUAAGUUCACAGGGUGAAAAACAAAGGAGGACAAAUUCUAGUUGUGAAUAAUUAUCUUGCUCUGGAGAUGUCUCUCUCUGUUACAAUUUUUUUAUUAAGAAAAGGUGUCUCCUUGAGCGUUCAUCCUGAGCACUGCGUCUUGCACAUGUCUCUUUCAUUCUCUCUCCUUCAGCUUGUGGAGCACUGUAUUUCAGGAGGAAUGAAUUGGUCUUUCUGAACGCAGCAUUAUGGAGGAGCUUCGAAGUUUUUUUGAGAUGUUGCUUCUGUCUAUAAGAAAACACUAGAUGGCAGCACGAAGGUCAGCUUAGCAUUAGAUAUCAGCAGUUGCAGCCUCUCAUGCCCAAACAUAACCAGGAUCUGGCCUUGAAGCCAGUAUUUUGAUAGCAAAGUUGUAUAAACCCCUAAAAGAUCUCAUUGUGUUUGCACUAGUGAAUCUGUAGUAAGAAGACAGAUAAAUAUAUGGGCUGUCAGAAGAGCCACACGUGUCAUUUGAAGGGGCUACCUCCCCCUUACCUUGCUCAUGGUAUUUGUGUACUUUAUUGUCCCUUUUGAUCUCAACUUGGUGCCACCUCAGCCAAGUCUGAGUGUCACUUCUUCCAGUCUCUCAGUAAAAUCAGAGGAGUUUGCACCCUCUGGUUUUCAUCUCCUUCAGAAAACUUCAGAGGAAGUUCCCCAAACCUCUCUAGGUAGUCAGUGUCAAGGUGGAUGUGGUCCUAAUGGUCCCAGGGUUUUUGUUUGCUGCCACCACCAAGAUAAAGGCCUUGUGUCUGGCCCCUUGCCCAGGGACAUGACAACCCUUUUGCUGAGAUCAGUGAUGUGCACCAGCUUGCCCUUCCCUUUUGACCAUGCCUCCUCUGCCACCCUUCAGCAGUCCCACAACACAUCCUGCCCACCACAUCCAACCAGCUAGAUAAAGAAUCAAAGACUGUCUCCUAGACUCAAGAAAUAGCACCUGGUUCCUAGAAUGAACCCUCCUUGGGACAUUGCUGUGCCAGCACUGGAGGACACUGAGAGAUCUAGGACAUGCCAGUUGAGGCUGCUGACAGUCUGGCUGCAGUGCCAGCUGUGUCAGGACACCUGGACCCCCUACUGCUGUGGUAUGCUCUACCCUUGGUUCAAUGCUGUUACCAAAACAAAUUCCUAGUGAAUUUCCCAGUACAGUUUAGCCUUUACCAGGUAGGAUUGUACCACUGGAUACAGAAUGGAAACUGCCUAUCUCAGAGUGAAAUCUCAGAUUCAGUUCAAACCUACCACUCCUUUGUUUUUUCUCCUCUGUCAUCCAAAGAAUAGCUCUGUCAAGGUUAUGUAGUUUUCCUUUCCAAACUGCCUGCUGGCUGCAGUCUUCUAGGUGGCCUAAGUCUGAUGUAGCACAUUUCCCUUUGUGUGCAGUGGGUUUCAGACUACAUCCUAAAAGCACUCCGAUAACACUAAAUCCAGUACAGGUGUGCAACCCUUCUGGCAACUCAUUUGGAUGGUCAACACCAUCAGAUGUAAAAAGUAUUGCAUGCAGGUCCACACCAACCCCUAUGCAGGUCUGGGUGAACACUGAGGAAAUAAAAUGGACAUAACCUAUUUAAUUGAAGAGGGUGUGUGGUUGUUUUUUGGGGUUUUUUUGUUUGUUUGUUUUGUUUUGUUUUUUUGCACAAUACUUUUAAAUCCAUGUUAGUCUGUGUUUAAUAAAAUGGUAACUAUUAAGUGUAUCAGAAGUUUAGAAUACCACACAAACUUUUUGGAAUUCUAUCACAAGCUCUAAACCAAUAUUUUCCUUUGGUGCCACAUAAACAAAGCAUCAGGUCAUUAUCUUUGUGAAACAGGGGCAGUGCUUUUUGCCAAAUAUAAUUUGUGAGAUAUUUGGCAGAAUUUGCAACUGUAAACUGAUUCUAUCAUUAUGACUGUAAUGUCUUACCAUCAGUCAGGAGACCCUGGGAACAAGAAAAAACUGGUUCUCAAGUUCUUGUAGCAUGAUAUAAUGCGUACAUUUGUAGAGUUCAUCCAAAUAAAUUAUAUGCUAGAUGGUACUUUUAAAAGAAAAAGGAUUUUAUGGUUUUAUUUUAAUUGAAAUCCUGUAUACUUGAGAUGACCACAUGAUUUCCAAUAAUUGUCAGUCUGUGUUCUGAAGUCUGUAAUCCAGUAUUUAUCAGGAUUAAAUGGCAAAUAUAUUUACAUUACAGUGA